UCACAUUUUCUUAUCAUGCUCUUCUAUAAUCUUUGAUCUAACUACUAACUACGAAAUAAGUACUUUUUUUCUAGAUUUCAUUGGGCAACCCUCCUGCCACACGUAAACAAAUUCUGACAUUUUACAUUAAAAACAAAAAUUAUUUUUUAGACAUAUUGGCAGUGUACUUUGUUACUAGAAAGUUUUAAACGUUAAGGACUAUACUGAAUGUAUAUUUUAUUUUCAACAAUAUAUAAAUAACAUUUUCAUUUGAUUUAACACGAAAACGUUAACAUUAUGCCUAUUUUACUAUUGAGUAAAUCAGAUGAAAUUUAUUUGCAAAAAUGUGGCCAAGAUUUGGAUUUUGCUUUCGGUAUAGUUGCUGGCCAGCAUGCUGAGCCAGAAAAGUUCGUUGUCGUACACUUAGCCAAAAAUUGUGACGAAGAUGAAGUGGCAAUGCAAGAUGGUGGCACAGAACAAGAAUCACAAAACGCUCCAAAAUGCAUCGAUGACAUAGAUGUCUCAGUCUUGUCACAUCAGUGGACAAUGGCAGAAAAAAUGUUGCCAGGAUCGUUUCGAGUGUUAGGUGGAUUUGUAUCAACCAAAAGUGAAAUUAAUGAGAACCUUUUCAAGAGCGCAAAGAGAAUCCUAAACGAAAUUCAGAAUAUUUUAUUGAAAGCUCAGAAUUAUAUCAGCUUCGUAGAUGACGUCAACAAAAACCUGCUGUUUUUGGCUUACUCAACAACUACGAACAAGGCAAUGUGCAGAUUUUAUACUCACAGCAAUAAUGGCGGUACCCUUUCACCUAUGGACUGCCGCAUUGUAGAAAAACCAUUCGAAUGGUAUGAGUUUGAAACAAAUUAUGAUGUGGAGGGAAUAUACAAUAUAGUGGAUGUGGAUGCCACCACAAAAAUUAACAUUGAGGAUCAAUUUAAAAAACUCAUAGAGGAAACGAAAAACGAAUUGAGCAAAUCCACAAUAUUAUUUGACAACGAUUGUCUUUUAAGCGAGGAAUUGUUGGAAAAUUAUGUCAAGAAGAAAAAGGAAAAUGACAACAUAAGUUCAGUGAAGUGUUUUUAUCCAAAAAUUUAUGUAUUUAAUGAAAUCCCCAGCGUUAUGUUAAAUAUAAAAACUGAAUUUAAAGUAUUCGGCAGUAUCUCGUCACGUAUUUGGUGCAAUCCAAAAACAUCUAUAGGCGACGUGAAGCGCUUUAUUUGCGAAGAUAUAAUGCGUUCAUUGGCGGCACGCAUACAAGUUUACUGUGAUGGUCUGACAGAUCCAAACGUGAGUACAGACUCAGACUUUAUGGGAGAGCCGCCAAGACGCAUUUAUUUUAAAUUAACUACAACUACUAAUGACACACCUGUGCAAUUUUCGGAAUAUAUAUUUCGUGGUGAGGCACCGUUAGUUGCCGUUGCCCAAGCCAAACAGUAUCUGGACAUGGAAAUCAGUGAGGAAAAUAUUUGUAAAGAUUUGGAAAGGGUGGCUGAUGAAGAUCGUUUGAAUCAGAGCACUCCAGACUCAAGUUAUUCCAUAGCAAAUAACACAGAAAUUGAAAAAACAGAAACGAAACGCAGUGUAUACUUCUGGGCGUUUCUCAUAGCAUUCGGGGUACUUAUGCUGUCCGUUUUACUUGCUAUCUACCUAGGAAAGUAAGACCGAUUUAGGGAAUUAAAUGUGCAUUUCAAAUGAAGUGUAUGCAAAAACCUUUUGCGUCAUCAAAUAUAUAUUUUUACCGUUUUUACAAGAACAAAGAGCUGCAAAAUUUAUAUGAUGGACCAAAUGUUUGUUGCAUGCACAAAGCCCGAUAUUUAUUACUUAAUUUUUUUUAUUUUUAUUUUUUUGUAUGUAAAUGUUAAAAUUUUCUAG